GUCGGAUAUUCUUAUUUGGGUUUUCCGCAGAAAAUAUCAAAACAAACAACUGCGGAGAUGGCCGACGAAGAUCUCUUACCGCUUUUAGGCAUACAUAUGCCUCCCAAUGACGAUGACAGCUCUGAUAGUAACAGUGGGAUACACUAUCUGAAAUGGAGUUGAUGGUAAGGUAUAUUAUGGUGUCAUCUGCAAACAUUCUUGCGUUACAUUUGACCGAGUCUGGUAAGUCAUUGAUACAUACCAGGAAGAGACAUGGCCCAAGAACAGACCCCUGGGGAACUCCAGACAGUACAGGAAGAUCACUGGAAAAAUGACCAUCAACAGCGACUUUCUGGGAUCGGUUGGACAGGAAAGAUUUGACCCAAUUGCUGGAACAGAUGAGGAGGAGGCUGAGAUGGAACAAGAUGUUGAGGUUGCAAAUGAUAAUGAAGAGGAAGUUGAAGGUGGAAAUGUGAAGGUGAAAAAGAAACCAAAGAAAUCAAAAGAGGCCUCAAGAAGCAUGUCUUUUGAUUCUUCACUACCCAGUUCUCAUACAUACCUUGGAACUGAUCUAGAAGAAAUUAGUGGUAGAACAAUUUUAGAAGAUGAUUCAGUUAUAGAACUUCCACUGGUUACCCUACCUGGCACUAUACUGGUACCUGGCCACAUUAUACCACUGUACUCACACAACCAACAUGAAGUGGCCAUGCUGAAGAGCGUUGUAGAUUCCACAGAUAAAACAUUCGGGGUAGUUGCUCUGAGGAUGGACGAGGAAUACCGUCAUAUUAUAGCUGGCAUUGGUACAACUGCAGAGAUAUACUCGGUUAAAAAUGAGAUGGAUGAUGCCUCUGGUAUUUCAACAAUUACUGUUCUUGCACAGGGCCGCCAGAGAUUUGAGCUGAAAGAGUACAGGAGAACUAUAACUGGGCGAGUGAAUGUUAAAGUUCUGGCUUUCAUCAAUGCGAGAAUCAUUAUGGGGACAGUGAAAGUGUUACCAGAUACAGAGUUAGGUGAGGUGUUUCAAGGAGUUCAACCACAUAUACACUGUAAGCUGUGUUGUUUAGAAGACCAUGAGGAGGAUUUUAAGGUGGCAAUGGAUAGACAGGGCCGAAUUAUCUCCUGUGUGAAAAUGACACCAAAGUCUAAGAUAAACAGAUUUAGUGCAGCAAAUUAUACAUGGUGGCCUCCCUGGGUAUAUAAAAUGUAUGACACUGAACUGUUAAUGAAGAGAGUUAAGACUGAGCUACAGAAGUGGGAUGAUACCCUGAGUUCAGAUAAAUUACCAAAAGAUGCCACCAAAUUGUCGUACUGGGUCACGCAGAAUAUUCCACUAGAUGAUAGCCUAAAGUUACACCUGCUUAGUAUAAAUAAUGCCGUACAGAGAUUAAGAUGUGCACUGCAUAUUAUUUGUAAGUGUUCUAUUUUAUGCUGCAAAGAUUGCAAUGAGCAGAUAGCAGACAUGUCCAAUGUAUUCAGUAUGUCAGUAUCUGGGCCACUGUCAGCAUACGUCAACCCUGGAGGUCACGUGCAUGAAACAGUGACAGUUCACCAAGCAGAAAACUUAAACUUGAUUGGCCGACCUUCAACAGACCAUAGCUGGUUCCCAGGGUAUGCUUGGACUAUCGCACAGUGUAAGAGAUGUUCGGCUCACAUGGGUUGGAAGUUCACAACAAGAAGAAAAGACCUUAUCCCUCAUAAAUUUUGGGGCCUGUGUCGGUCCUCGCUUAUACCUGGAAUGUCUGAUCCAGAUCAUAAAGAUAAAGGUGACUGGACACCUGUCAUGUGAUACACAUGUAUAUGAAGCAAAACGGAUGACUAUGCCGUAUGAUCUAUGAGAAAGCAAGAUAAGAGGUCACUUAAGCCAUGUUAUGUGAAUUGUGAAAUAAGAAGGAUAGAGAUGUAUGGACACCUGUAAUGUGAUAUAUUAAAUAAAUCCAUUGUAAUACUUUUA